AUGAGAACACGCCGUUUACAGAGUCUAAAGCUGUCACAGAGACCUUAUGUGUCUCCUUUGCAUCAGUCUCACACAGUGCUUGAAGUGGGCGGGUACUCACUCACAGAUCAGAGUGGUCUGUGGAACAAGCAAACCUGUCUUUCUUCACAGCAAGCCAAUAUGAGACCUGCUGCUUCACCAGAAGGACGAGGAUACGCACCUUUACCUCACCCAAAAAAGCCUGCCUAUUCCUGGUCACAGACAGGUCAGCAAAGGCCUCCAAUGAGACAUGAUUCCAUGCCAACAGUUGGAUCUCAUGUUCAUGGUGGCUUUCCAAGCAGCAGCUCAGCCUCACUGGGCCAGCCCAGAUGGUCUAGCGGCUUCCAGAACCAAAUUCAACAGUCAUUUAUCAGGCCAGCAACUUCCCCCAGAAUGCCUUACCAUCCUCAGCAGUGUUCCCUUGCAGCAUUAAGCACUGGUGGCCCUUACCGUCCUCAGCAGUGUUCCCCUGCAGCAGUAAGCACUGGUGGCCCUUACUGUCCUCAGCAGUGUUCCCCUGCAACAGUAAGCACUGGUGGCCCUUACCGUCCUCAGCAGUGUUCCCCUGCAGCAGUAAGCACUGGUGGCCCUUACCGUCCUCAGCAGUGUUCCCCUGCAGGAGUAAGCACUGGUGGCCCUGGAGCUCAGAGUCAGAGCACAAAGUGGAACUUCAGAUCUUCCGGACAAUCAGGCAGUGGAAUGCAGGCAAAAGAAAACACCUCAAGUGAGCGGAUCCCCACUCAGCAACAGCCACCACGUGAGACAUCCAUGCGUAUCCUUACUGCUGUUAUUGAAGGCAUGAAGCACUGGAGCAAGUACAAGAACAAAGUACCAAUAAUAUUUGAGAUCUUUGCCACACUUGACUCUGCAGUUACAGUGGGAGAGCACGGAGCAAAGACAUUUUCCAUGAGAGAUGGCAAACAUGUGAUCCAGUGUCUCUACUAUGAAAAUGUGCAGACACUGCCCAGACUGAUAAGGGGUCAGGUGCAUCGCUGCGUUGGGAACUAUGACAGGGAUAAGGACACAAUGACGUGUGUGUCAGUCCGAGCGGCCUCACUGUCAGAGCAAAGGAAUGCCCAGGAGGCUGUGAAAGCAUCAGAUGCGGAGAUGAGGAAUGCGGUACUGAUGUUCACUGAAAUCUGAUGUGGAUAGUACGAGGAGCAGGAAAAAAAUUAAACUGGUGAUGCUAAACUUUGAUGUAGCAUUUUACUGAAGUUCGUUUGGUUUUGUCUUGGU